UUGGCUAGCUAUCUAACGUUAGCUGAAUAUUUCGAGAAGCUCUGGUAGCAUUUAUCGUUACAAGUUGUUUUAUGGGGUUAUAUUAUCACCCGACAAAAGGCAAAGUUGUGUUGUUUUAAGAACCUAGCUAGUUAACCGUACUUACUCAAACAAACGUUUUUUUUUACUUCAUGCUUUGAAUUAGUUAUUCAACUAACGCUACAGCUACGCACGACCAAUAGAAACAGAUGAUGAUUCUGUGCACCUGUUGCAUGUAAAGCAAAACAGGCGUUACUCCUUUAGCUAGCUAACGCUACGUCUCUAAAGUUAUUAGGCCUUUACAGUAUAACGUUAAACCGUUCUGAUUUUGUGGAUCCUUUUUGCCAGUACUGUACUUUAUUUAUCUUUCGCUUGACUUUGCUGCUCAGCUGAUUUAAAAAUAAAUAAAUUACUUCCUGCUUCAGGUUGCAUCACAAAAUAUACCCAGACAGAGGGAGGACAAUGUAUGAAAAUGUCCCAACAGUCUCCACAGUGGAGCGCCAGCAGGUGCUGCAGGCCUUGGAACGGCUCCAGGCUAAGAUGGCCCAGAGGGAGGAGUGGACCCACAGUGAGAGGCUGGGGGUGCUGAGGGACGCCCUACAGAGCCCACUGCUAGGACACAUCCUCACGCUGCAGCACUCCAUCAAACAACUCAAAGACCAGCUGAACUGCAUGCCUCCCGACACCUGCAGUGAGUUCAGCUUCUCCAGGAAGGGCCAGCUGAUCGUCAGUGCCAGCCGCCCGGCCAGCAGCCUGUGCACAUCCGGCCCCGGCUCGGUGCUGUCCAACGGCUCAGCCCUCUCCUCAGUGGGUCUCCGCUCCCCCGACCAGCUCCAGAGAUGGCUCGGCGCUGCCGCCAAGGGGAGGCCAACUGAGCACAUCAGCCUGCCCAAGCCCCUGUCUGGAAGCCUGGGCUUCAGUGUGGUAGGCCUGAGGCCUGAGGGGACUGGGGGCCACGGGGUCUUCAUCAGACAGGUCCAGCCUGGGAGCAUCGCACACAGGGAUGGGCGCAUGCUGGAGAACGACCAGAUCCUGGUGAUCAACGGGACCCCCCUGGACCAGAGUGUCACCCAGCAGCAGGCCAUCACUCUGCUGCAGCAGCCUGGGGACAGAGUGGAGCUGGUGGUGGCCCGGAACCCAUCAACUGCCACACAGCACACGCCACUGCCCCCGCCCGGACCCAUCAUUCAGAAUGAGCAGUGGGGCCAUGUGGAGGAGAUAGAGCUGGUGAACGACGGCUCGGGCCUGGGCUUCGGUAUUGUUGGAGGCAAGGCCACAGGAGUGGUGGUGAGGACCCUGGUGCCAAACAGUGUGGCUGAUAAGGAUGGGCGUCUGCGUACCGGCGACCACAUCCUGCGUAUCGGGGAGACCCCCACGUGGGGCCUGGCCAGUGACCAGGUGGUCAAGGUGCUGCAGGGCUGCGGGAGCCGUGUGCGCAUGCUCAUCGCCCGUGACCCCUCGGGACAGCCCUCCACCUCCUUGCCGCCCCCUCCCCCGCCCGCCGCCAGUCCCGUUUCAGCCCUGCCCCCACUGCCUGAAGUCGGACCCAAGCGCAGGCUCAGCAGGACUCCCAACCUGGAGGGUUAUGAGAUCCAUGAAGUGCCUCUGAUGAAGAAGGAGGGCCAGAGCCUGGGCAUCUCCAUCAUCGGUUACAAUGCCUUUACCAGUGAAGACGCGUUGGGAGUGUUUGUGAAGAACGUAGUUCCUGGGAGUGCAGCUGAGCAGAGCGGAAACAUACGCAUCCACGACAGGAUCAUAGCGAUGGACGGGGUGAGCCUGCAGGGCUUCACUAACCAGGAAGUUCUGGAGGUGAUGAAGCAGACGGGCCAGACGGUCCACCUCACCCUGGCCAGGAAGAUGGCCUCGCCCAGACCCUCACUGGAGAGGUCCCUGGACAAAGUCCAGAGAGAGCCGUCCCGUGUGUCUCUGAAGAGGUCUGCAGAGAUCAAAGCUCGGUCAUCAGACCUGCAGAGGGCCUCCAGCGUGGCCUCCAGCGUGGCCCCCCUACUGGAGCCCACUGAGACACUUCUGAUGAGCACCAGCAGAACACAGCUGGCCAGUGCUAUGGAGGGAGUCUCUCUGUCUGAGCUGGAGCUGAGGGCCAAAUGGGAGCAGGCCCUGGGGCCAGAGUACGACGUUCUGGUGGUUGAACUGGACCCUGUCAUCGAAGAUGACGCUGAGCUACAGAAGUACUCCAAGCUUCUUCCCAUCCACACCAUGCGUCUGGGGGUUGAGUUGGACUCGUUCGACGGCCACCACUAUGUCUCUUCUGUGGCCCCUGAGGGCCCCGUGGCCAAACACGGGCUCCUGAGACCAGAGGACGAACUACUGGAGGUGAACGGGGUGCAGCUGUACGGCAAGUCGAGGCGCGAGGCAGUGGCGUUCCUGCGUGAGGUUCCCCCUCCCUUCACCCUGGUGUGCUGCAGACACCUGACAGAGGACGACUCAGACUAUCAACCAGACCGCCAAGACGAGUGGCGCUCGCCCAGCCCUGCCGUCAGCUUGUCUGAGCUUGAAGCCAAGCUGUCCUCUGUGUUGAUAAGUCAGGCCUACCUCCGGGACAAUGACAGUGAACAACCUCAGGACCACGUGACCCUGCAGGAGGUGUCGGAUGAGGAGCCGGAGGAGCCAGCGCCCACGUACCCCAGCCAGCAGGAGGAGAUGCAGCAGGGGAAGAGAGGGGAAGAGGAGGAGGAGGAUGAAGAGGGAGAGCUGGCUCUGUGGUCCCCAGACAUUCAGUUGUUGGAGCUGGAGAAGGGAGAGAGAGGCCUGGGCUUCAGCAUCCUGGACUACCAGGAUCCUCUGGACGUUGCGCGCUCCGUCAUUGUCAUCCGCUCGCUGGUGCCCGGCGGCGUGGCAGAGUGCCAUGGGGGCGUGCUCCCCGGGGACCAGCUGGUGUUUGUCAACGACACCUACCUGGACACGUGCACCCUGCCCCAGGCCGUGGAGGUGCUCAAGGCCGCCCCGUCUGGAACCGUCUACUUGGGCAUCUGCAAGCCAUUAGUGAUGGAAGGAGCAGAGGAGAGGGGACAUGGGGACCUGGCGCUCCGGAGGACAGAGGGACAGAGCAAGGGCCGAGAGGAGAGUGUGUCCCUCUUGCUUACACACUCACUUCUGCCUGUUUCCAAGGGCUUUGCUGAUGGCUCCAUCCUCCCGGAGGAUCUUGGACAGGAAGAGGACGAACCCGAGCUGAUCCUGGACGGUAGCUUCCCUCGCUACACCUCACCUUUGACCCCUGCCUUAACCAUUAACCCCACCCCCACCUUGACCACUAGGAGCCUUAACCCCACCCCAACUCCCACCUUGACGCCCAGCCCAAUGGGAGAGGAGAGGGAAAUGGCCGUGGAUGAUGAAGAGGAGGUUGGAGUGGAGGUGGAGGUUAGGGAGGGGCAGGUGGUGGACUCCUACCCCAGAAAACCCCCACCUUCGUGGGGAGAGUGGGAGAGAGACAACGGAGGCCCCGUCCCGCCGGCCUCUGUCCACUCUGGAGCUCAGGAAAAGGUGGAGGAGGUGGAGGAGAUGCCCAAUCCAGACCUGCAGCCCAGAGCCCUUCUUGACCAGCUCACUCUGGGUCAGUCUGUGGACUCCUGGGUGGAGACGGGUGGGGACAGUGAGGCAGACUCAGACUCCAGGAACGGAGGAUCAGAACUCACCCUGACUGACACGGACACCGACUCGGUGCGUUUGGUUGACACUGAGAGGAGGAAGAGGAGGGGCCAGGGUGGAGGAGGAGGACACAGUGAUCUACCUGAGAGGGAGGAAGGAGAGGGAGAGGAAACCCCUGCGUUCAGCCACUGGGGACCCCCACGCAGAGUGGAGGUGUGGCAGGAAGAGGGCGAGUCCCUUGGCAUAAGCAUUGUGGGCGGGCACAGCGUCAUCAAGAGACUGAAGAAUGGAGAGGAACUCAAGGGCAUCUUCAUCAAACAGAAAACAUUUAUGAAUGAAUUAAAUGAACAGGUACUGCCGGAGAGCCCAGCGGGACGCACUUGCGUGCUGAAGACCGGGGACAAGAUAUUGCAGGUAUCAGGUGUGGACCUCCAGAACGCCAGCCAUGAGGAUGCGGUCCAGGCCAUCAAGGCAGCUCCCAGUCCUGUGGUCUUCAUCGUCCAGAGCCUCACUGCCACGCCGCGGCCUGUCUCGCUAACCGCGCCCAGUUACAACAAACACAAGGCAAAGAGGAGAGUCAUGCCGAACGCAGCAGUAGGAGGCGCCCCUCCCCCGAUGAGACUCCCCCCGCUCUACCGGCCCCCCAGUCAGCUGACAGAGGAGCAGGACGAGGAGCUGGAGGAGGCCAAAGAGCGGAUCAGGCUGCGCUACGGGGAGCUGUGCGGGGAGCUGCUGUGUGUGGAGCUGGACAAAGAGCGCCAGGGCCUGGGCCUGAGCCUGGCGGGCAACCGCGACCGCUCCUGCCUCAGUAUCUUCGUGGUGGGCAUCAGCCCCGGGGGGCCCGCUGCCAAAAACGGAAACAUCCGUGUUGGGGACGAGCUGCUGGAGAUCAACAACCAGGUCCUGUAUGGCCGCAGCCACCUGAACGCCUCAGCUAUCAUUAAGAGCUCCUCGUCCAAGGUCAAGAUUAUCCUCAUCAGGAAUGAAGAUGCUAUCAACCAGAUGGCCGUUCCCCCCUUCCCAACUCCACCUUCUGUCCUCUCCUCCACUGAGGCUCAUCCCCCCACACCACCAGCAGCAGCAGCGGUAUCAGCCUUGGCCCCCACAGAGAAGCCCCAACCUCCAGAGAGCCUGGUCCUCAGCAGGGGCCCCCUGGAGUCAUCCAUCUCCAUCAGCAAGGGGCAGUCCAGUGUCGGCUCCAGUGGGAGCACAGCUACGGAGCUCAUCUCCAGAGAAGCAACACUGAAGAGCCUCCGAGAGGGAGAGACCGCCUCCAAGAAGCUCAAGGCCUCUGAGAAGGGGGCUGAGUCUUCGGAGAGUGUGCCUGUGCCGGAUGCCAAGGCCCUCCUGGAGCAGACUGCCAGCCUGUCCAAGGUCUCGCAGAGCUCCAGUAAGGUGCCAAUGGUGAGCGGUGUGGACGGAGGGCUGGUGUCCCCCCAUGCCGCCUCCCUGCCCUCCUGCACCGGUCCAGACUUUGAGUACUGCAGCAAAGUAGACCCAGCCACGUGUCCUAUCGUUCCAGGCCAGGAGGUAGUCAUAGAGAUCGCCAAGGGUCGCUCUGGCCUGGGCCUCAGCAUCGUAGGGGGCAAAGAUACACAGCUGGAUGCCAUAGUGAUCCAUGAGGUAUAUGAGGAGGGGGCGGCGGCACGCGAUGGGCGACUCUGGGCUGGAGAUCAGAUCCUGGAGGUGAAUGGCGUGGACCUGCGCAGCGCAGCCCACGAGGACGCCAUCACAGCCCUGCGGCAGACCCCGGCCAAGGUGCGUCUGACGGUGCUACGGGACGAGGCGCAGUACCGCGACGAGGAGAACCUGGACGUGUUCAGUGUGGAACUGCAGAAGAAGGCCGGCCGCGGCCUGGGCCUCAGUAUCGUCGGCAAGAGGAACGGCACCGGGGUGUUCAUCUCGGACGUGGUGAAAGGGGGCGCCGCCGAGCUGGACGGUCGACUGAUGCAGGGGGACCAGAUCCUCUCUGUCGACAGCGAUGACAUGAGGCAGGCCUCGCAGGAGACGGUGGCGGCCAUUCUCAAGUGCGCCAGGGGGAUGGUGCUCCUAGAGCUGGGCCGACUGAAGGCUGCCUCCUGGAUCUCUUCCCGACACACCUCCCAGGGAAGCCAGAUGAGCCACGUGAUUGCCAACAGCACAAUCGCCACGCCCCACCCCCUGCUAAACUCCACCCCUUCCACCUCUCAGCUCCUCAACAACGCCAGGAAGCCCAUGACGGAGAGCAUGACCUCAUCAAAGAGCGCAGGAGCAGAGAUGGGUGUGCGCACUGUGGAGAUCACGCGGGGUCCUACUGAUGCGUUGGGGAUCAGUAUAGCUGGGGGGAAGGGCAGUCCUCUUGGGGAUAUCCCCAUCUUCGUGGCUAUGAUCCAGGCCAACGGGGUGGCAGCCAAGACACACAGGCUCAAGGUAGGAGACAGGAUCGUGAGUAUUAACGCUCAGUCUCUGGAUGGCCUGUCCCAUGGGGAUGUGGUCACCAUGCUGAAGAAUGCCUACGGCAGCAUCAUUCUCCAGGUGAUCGCCGACACCAACAUCAGUGCCAUAGCCAGUCAGGUGGAGAGUAUGUCCACUAGCACCAGCCUUCCCAACAGCCCAGACACACAGCCAGGGGAGCCAGAGGCCCCCAAGCCCAAGAAUAUCUCUCUUGAGAAGGGUUCUGACGGCCUGGGCUUCAGCAUCGUAGGGGGCUUCGGAAGCCCUCAUGGAGACCUGCCCAUCUACAUCAAGACUGUCUUCAGCAAGGGGGCAGCGGCGGUGGACGGGCGUCUGAAGAGGGGUGACCAGAUUCUGUCAGUAAACGGAGAGAGUCUGGAGGGGGCCACCCACGAACUGGCCGUGGCCAUACUGAAGAGACAGAGGGGGGCCGUCACUCUGGAAGUCCUCUCUUAGCUCACACACACACCUAUACCCCCACUGGCAAAGCGACCAUUAUGGGGUUGAACUGGUUUCAACUUUCCAACGUGCAAAAAAAAAACAAGACUCUGUUCCGUUAAGUUGGCCAACAUCUGAUGCCCAUCUUCACCCUUAUAAACAGCCCAUUAACGAGAAGGGGGCAUUGGUUCUGGAAGGAUUCGGGUCACUAGGUGGCACUGCCAAGGAGAGCCCUGCCCUGUAGCGAUGUAGAGAGAGAACAUGUGUGUCGCACUGCGUUCAGCUGUGCCCUCAAGUGAACCACGAGAAAUAAGAGGACUAUAUCUGGGGGGCUGCAGGACGUAGUGACACCUAACUUCCUGUGUGCCAUCUUAGGAGCUUCACUGUGAGGGCGGUCCGAUCGCUACGCUGACUGGAUACACACCACGACUUAAAAUGGCUAAUGCUUGUAUAUUAUACAGCAAGGAAACACAGGGAAGCUGUACAGUCUCUGUGCCAUUUUCAGCUUUUUUUUGUGUGAUCACACCCGUGCUUCCUUCAUAGAACACUGGUAGAACAAUACGAGCGGUUCAGUUGGUCUAGGUCUCUUCAACGUUAGCCUAGUGUUAGCUUAGCAUCUCCCUGAUCGGGAGACACUGGUUAGCUGUUAGAGAUGUCAGCUUCAUUUGCUGCUAAUGUGCUAACUGUGAGGGUGAAUGGUCUCGGCAGGGAACGGGGCUGCGACACACUAGACUGGAACAGGUCAUUUAGACACACACACACACACACACACAAAUACUGUAUAUACACACCCACACACAGUAGGCUAGUGAGUCACUGUCAGGUUGACGCACAUCUUCUCAUUCCUCAUUGCCCACACACGAUUUAAACUCGUAGUGUCAUACUCUUACGCAAAGGUAGUACAUUCAACAGUCUAGUCCCCUCAAACACAACUCUGGACCUUGAAGCUAGUUCCACUGCGUUUUCUUGCAUUGUUGCCCUCUGAUCAGGGGUCUCAUUUAGACCUGGGAGGUGGGUGCAAUUAAUGAUCAGGUAGAACAGAAAAGCAGGAGGCUUCAGACCUCGUAGGGUAAGAGUAGAAUACCCCUGCUGGUUUAUCACUAUGCAGUAUGUUGUGUAGUCCUGCUAAGAGUUGUAAGCUUUUGUGCGUGUCACGAAGGAGUUUCGCCUUGCAGAUGUGAGACAGGUUAUUAGUACACAGUGUUGCCAAAUUAUCUGAACCCCCCCCCCUUUGAAUCCGAGACCGUUUAGCAAAGCGAGGAAAAAUAUAUACACUAUGCGUUUGUUAGCAUUGUUGCGGCAGACACGUUUCUAUUAGCGAUACAAUGUAAUGUAGGCGAAUCUCAGGACUUACAUCGGGCAUUGUGUCUGUUGCCGGGGCUUGCUUGCUUUCCCCUAGUGUGGGUUUGUAUGGAGGUUAGCCGAAUCUUUACCUCCUUUGUCGCUGACCCUGGAGUAUCCCUGUAAGCCUAUUAAGGUCCUAUGAAAUGGUGUCAAAAUACAUCCAUGUCUUAACUAGUCUGGUCCAAGAUAUUUGUGCUCUACUCCCAUGGUCAUUGUCACGCCAAACAAGACCGCACAAACAGGACUGGAUCCAGGCUUUGUCUUAACUGAUCAAAGGGAGAAGGAUCAUCCUGAUGAAUCUUUGAGUUGGACGAUCCACCUCCUAGCCAAUCCCGAUCAUUUUAACUUUGUGGACUGGACACGUGCAUUUCAAUGAAGUGCUAUUACUUUUUGUUUUACCUGCCUUUGUCAUUGUUUUUAUUUGUGUCAUGCGGAUGGUACUGCAUGCAUGUUACUGUAAGCCUAUUCUUUUGUUUAGACAUGUCUUGGUAAAAACAUAUACCAACAUUUCUGAUCAUUUGGGGCACUAUCAGAAGCAGUCAAUUUCUUGCUGUGAGCCGUUGUCAUCAUGUAUCAAGGGUGCAUUCCUUAGGCAUCAAAUGGAAGAAAAUGGACUGAAACAGGUAGGGACAACCUGAACUUAAUAAAUGCUUGUUUUUGUAGCAAGACAUUUUGCUACGGUGUGCACUAAUGAAUACAAACCAUGUGUGGCUGUAGCUCCACACUGUUCUGUCCAGCUGCGAGAAGCUCACCACGUCCAACAAUUACAGGAUAUCCUGUCUCCCUCGGCUGGAGCCCGUCAUCUGUUUCCCGUGUCGCUGCAACCCCUCCACGCUCACAGGAAGUGACAACACGUUCCUCCAAGACACUUUGAGCCCCCCUCCCCGGUUGUAUUCAUUAGGUCCCAAACGGGAGAAAGCAGACUGAAACAAGGAGGGACUACCUGAACUUGCCCAAUACAAAAACACUUGUUUUCCGUUGCAAACCAUUUAGCUACGUUGUGCCAUAAUGAAUAUGACCCCGGUUAACACUAAGGAAAACCCUGCAUAGUAACUCUCGCGCCGUGCCUGUCUCAGUAAAAGUGGAAGUGCAAUCUGGUGUGCGUCCUAAAUACUUGCAAGGGGUCCUGGGAUUUAGGGGAGGUCGGCCUAUUAAGGGGACUGACUACUGCUCUGCCGUGAGUCGCUGAUGUGCUAGAGUAGAUUGUGUGUGUGUGUUCAUCAUACAUCAGUCUUAUUUCUGUGAGAGCCUAUUUCUGUAAGUCUUAAUGCUCGAUCCCUUUAAAGAGAUUCAGUUUAAACUCACUGCUGCCUAUUUCACUUGCUUCUUUUCCCCUCUCUCAUGCUGUGAUCUCUCCCAUCUACUCUGGACUUUUAGAUUUUGUCUGACUUUGUCCUAUGCGUGUCAAUCGGCAAUAGGCUGUGUGUGUUUGUACACGUGUUCGUCAGAAGUUGGACUGAUGAUUAUGAUGAUCCCGUCACGCCCAAUAAUCCCGUCUAUAAUGCCAUCGAUGAACUGCGCGCUCGUCCGUAGCGCCACAAACGUCUUUCUUCACGUCAUUACAUUUACAUUUAAGUCAUUUAGCAGACGCUCUUAUCCAGAGCGACUUACAAAUUGGGAAGUUCAUACAUAUUCAUCCUGGUCCCCCCGUGGGAAUUGAACCCUGGUCCCCCCGUGGGAAUUGAACCCACAACCCUGGCGUUGCAAGCGCCAUGCUCUACCAACUGAGCCACACGGGAUCAUUGAUCGAUGGAACGCAUUUUCAAAUCCAAAGAAACAAUCCGCCCUUCCUAUAUAUCGAUGUGUGACAAACUCUGCUGUAAUGACGUGUGGAUACACAGAAUAUAUAUGAAUAUAUCUAUAGAAAAAAUAUAUUGUCUAUGAUCAUAAAUGCAAGUCUCAUCUUUUAAAUGUGUGUAGCCUACUGACUGUGGUCAUACACUGAUACUCUUCGUGAAUUCUGAUGAACUGUUUGAUGAUGUUCCAUGUUUUAUUAAAUACAAGAGGAGCACAAUCAUUUCCACCAUGUCCUA